ACCGACCAUCCAGUUUGCAUUCCGCCUUGCUGCUUCAUGGCUGGAGCGCUGCCCCGCAACCCUCUCCCUGGCGGCCUGGCCACGCCCAGUGCCACCGCACGGUGCUGCGCCUCCCCAUCGACGACCCGGCCGCCACCUCGGCGUUUGACUCCGGCAAGAAGAUGGUAUUAGGCCCAGACGUACUUCCGCUUGGACGGCAAGGUAGAUGCGGGUUGGAAUUGCGGUCCAUGUCGAUGUCAACCAGAUGUUGGCCAGGGCAAGCCGACGUGGUCACGGACAUCCGCGUCGAGCACCGGUUGCCAUGGUAGCAAAGGGGAGUAGUAGUAGCGCUAGAGGAGAAGAAUUGUGGAGGAGCGCAGGCGAGGGGGGCGGUGGGUAGAGGUGGAGCACGCUCUACAUCGAUGGCUGAUGCAGCUGCGACGCCGCGAGGACCGUGGACCCGUCUACCUGAUCUAUUACCCGGGUGAGCUCUCCCCUUUCUCAUCUCGGACGAGCUUCUUCGUGACCGGCAGCCUUGCCCUGGGAUCAGUCUUCCUCCGACAUCGUCGCCGCGCCAGCGCACUCCGACACAAGCGGCCUCGGCACCGAAAGAGGAACAUGCGAUGCCCGCGGCCAUGGACCGCCUCGCGUCGACAGCCCGGUGGAGGAGCAGGAGGAGGGGGCAAGAAGAACAACAACAUGGCUAGCGGACGAGGUCUCGAUCGACACUAGCAAGCCCUUCCCGGAAAGCUUCUUCAACAUCGAUCAGAAGGGGUGCCGGAAGGCCGGCAUCAGCGCAGGUACGAUCUCCUCUGUUUCUGGCAUUAUCUCUCGGGCUUAUCUGCACUAUGGUAGAGGUCCGCGUGCAGGUCCAACAAAAUCGCCGAGGGAAGGGCCUUAGCCAUCUGUUGAUGCUGGGCACAUCUCCACCAAAUUUAGAGAGAUGUGAGUAGCCAGUAAUGCGAUGGUAUCGCUGAUGCUUGCCAAAGUUGUGACUCCGCCUCCUACUUGCACCAACAGAGCGUACGUUUUUCCAUGGGUCAAGACUAUAAUUCAGACAAACCAUGAACUGACUAUUCGUGACUACUUGGAGGAGCAAGCUCCCACGGCGCAGGAUCUGAAACUGGUCUAUGUUCCAAUUCUAGGGAGGCCUCUACUGCUACUCUUCUCCCUGAUAGAAACCAAGCAGGUGGAGCUCAUGGCGAAGUGUCAGAAGAAAAGGCGCACAUCAACUGCGCUAUUGAAGAGUCGAUCAAGUCGACCCAAUCUAUUGCCACCACAAAGGCAGCUCCUCCGUCUAAGGGAAGGAGGUAAUCUGCUCUCCUCCAAAUAUGAAGACGACGAACAUGAUGCUGAUGCUUACCAAGACAAAUAAUGUACCAGGAAAAUUAUCUUAGCGUGUCAUCCCAUUGUCCUCCUCUAGACCUCCAGCUGGCCAAUUGUGCGUUGUGUUCUGGGUUUAGCACAAUCCAUGGCCUCCAACGUACCAGUUCUUAUGUUUUCUAACACGGCGAGCUUUGCAAUCAAGUCUAGAAACUCGUGCUUGAAAUGUAUGACUUCUUAAGUUUCUUAACAUGGCGAACUGUACAAUCUAAUAAGUGUGGAAAUUGUUGCGUGAUAUAUGGGAUAACUGAUAGUUUGGUUUCUUUA